UUAUAAGUUGUAAAAAAGGUUGAACUAACUGGGUCAACUUGGGUUCCAAAUCUUAGAACAUUAGAUCCAUCAACAUACUUCAAAAAGAGGAAUCAAAAGAAGAUGCCUUGCAUUUACAUCAGCACAAAUCUUAACUUAGAUGGAAUUGACACUGAUCCAAUCUUUUCUGAAGUCACCACUGCUAUCUCAACAAUUAUUGGAAGACCUGAAAAGUUUGUGAUGGUGCUAUUGAAAUCAUCAGUGCCAAUAUCGUUUGAAGGAAACAAAGAACCAGCUGCUUAUGCUGAGAUAAUAUCAAUGGGUGGCAUAAAUAAAGAAGUCAAGAGGAAACUCAUUGCUACCAUUGGCACCAUAUUGCAGUCCAAGCUAGCUAUCCCAAGAACACGUUUUUUUGUUAAAGUCUUUGAUACUACUGCAUUUCCUACUCAAUCCAAAAUUUAAUGCUUAAAUAUUAGUACAAUAGCUACAAGAUUGUGCUCUAAUCAUCACAAUUUCUUUUUAUAUUGUAUUGUUAUGUAUUAAUAAUAAUUUAAUAAUAAAUAUUAUGAUAUGUUCUCUUUUUA